AUGGCAAGAAGAAACGCAGGUCAAGCUAUAACAUUGACCACAGAGCCGGAGACUUGGAAGCGGCCUUUAUCAUCACCACUCAGAGACAGAGCCACGACCUUCUUUAUACGACAGUAUACUUUCGAUGUCUCAAAUGGGGCGCUGCAAGAUAGCCACGAAUAUCUUCCCUUCUUGAUCUGGAAUGAAAGGUCUGCAUUCGGAUUAAUUAGCACAACGGUGGCUGCAGCAGGAUUUGCUGCUCUUUCCAAUGCUGGCAACGUCUCAGAAUGGCGCUCUGAGUCGAUACGACUUUACCAAAUCGCGAUACAGCAGCUGCAGAACGCCCUACAGGACCCAGUACAAAGGGUUGCGGAUGAGACACUUGGAGCUGUUCUGUUGAUGGGAACCUUCGAGACAAUUGCGUUUGCAGAUACGAGCUCAAUGAAGGCCUUCAGCCAACAUAUCAUCGCAGCGGCUCGAUGUAUUGAGAUGCGCGGUCCUCAGCAGUUUCAGACCCCGGUUGGUUUAAAGCUGUUCAUGCAGAUGCGGCGUCAUAUGAUAACUACAUGUCAUCAGCUGCAGGAACCCUUCCCAUUGGAGAUAGCUAAAUGGUCCCAGUGGGCAGAGCCACAUCAAACAGAAGCUUAUAUCCCCAUCAACCAACUGUCUCAGAUUAACGAGGCUCUUGCCGGUGCUCGAGCCGAACUGAAAUACCAGGAGAUUACUGAUCCUGAUGUUAUCUCCAAUCGACUUCUACCGUUUGAUGUUAUGAUGGAAGAAUGGGCGCAAUCAUUACCAGCUAGCUGGGAGUACAAGUCGUAUCGAUCUGUCGGACCCGAUGGCGUGCCUUCGAGCAGAUACGACCUCCAGUACGAUACUUACACAAAUCCUUGGAUCGCGUGUCUGUGGAAUUGUUAUCGCAAUGCGCGACUGCUAGUUCACGAGUCGAUCAUUGUAGCUACACUCAAACAUGGCACUGAACAACAGCAGCAAUCUCUGCAAAGUUCAUACAAGGUACUGCGGAUUAUGGCGGAUGGCAUUUGUCACAGCGCGGCAUACCAUCUUGGGUAUCGACAAAACGAUGAAAACCCCACAAUCGACGUGGAGGAUAAUAACACAGCUCCGGGAGGUUUCCUGCUCCUUUGGCCACUCUUCUUCGCUGCCGUCCAGAGGACUUCCCCUCCAGAGCAAAGGUUAUGGGCAGCCGGGAUAAUCCGUCAAAUUGGUAAGAAAAUGGGUCUCCAGGUAGCGCUAUCGAUGGCUGGACUAUUAGAGGAGACGAAGGAUUUUGCAUUCUCCAAUCAAGAGACAUUCUUGCUUGGUGAAUGGCACCCAAAUUAG